GAAAACAAGCUUUAAUAUUCCCCUUAAACAUUUUGUUAAUUUUUUUUUUUCUUUCUGGAGUACAACUCCUGAAGCUUGAGAACUCAGCCAACAAAUUAAAUUAACACAUUAAAUGAACACAUUUCCUGGGUUUUCUGACUUAAGUUAAGGGAGAAUUUAAUCCUGUGAAUGUUUUCCCCAGGCCAUUUAUGCAGCCUACAGCUGGAAGAAGUUGAGUUUAACUUUGCCUUUUGCAUUAUUCAUUUUUGACAUCUGUUCUUCCCUUUUAGUGAGGGAAUUUGCAGGUAGAGCAAAUAGACAUAACAAAAAGAACACAGAGGGCUCUGGAUCUAUGUGAGAUUUUAACCAGCCAUGAUGGAGUUCUCAUCACUUUGAGUGCUGUUUUCAAAAUGAUUUAAUGUUUUAUGUUUUUCAAGAUGACUUAACCACAGUAAAUAUACUGUGACAGAGUCAGUCCAUUAAAGCUGGAAUUAACUUUAAACUGACAAAUAGAAUAUAAUGAUGCAGGUUUAUUUACAAUUUGAUGUUCAGUCAGAUGGUCUCUGAAAUAGUUUCUCCAAAUAGAGAUCACUGAAACUGCUGUCUACCCCUUUUUAGGCAACCCUGAGAUGUGGUGUGGGAAUGAUUCCAAGAUGAUACAGCAUAGCACUGCUCAGGAAAGGAGUAAUCCCAUCAAAAUGGUAGAACUGAUCUCCCAAAUUUAGGAUGCAGUAUGUCCAACAGCCAGACAUAAUGUGUCUGACCUCUGUUUUCCUGCUGCACUUGCAGAGAGCCUAAUGUUUUAUCUACUCUAGCAGAGGGACAGGAGUAAGGACUGAAACAGUGUGCAUAUUCAGGGGAGCUUUGUGCAGAUAUUUAUCCCUGUUUGCAUAAGUCUGUCCUAGGUGCUUAAAGAGUCCCAGUAGGACUUAAAGCAUUCCAUGUGCCUGCUAGAGUGUUUUACUGGGCUGACAGCUCAGAAGGAAGUUACAAAUGCUUGAAUACUACCAGUGCUGCUUUCCCUCUAAGCUUUUUGUCACUUUGGGUAAUUUGAUUUAUUCCUGGUUACUUGACAAUGUUUGGGAAUGGCAAGGCAGAAAGUCAGCUCUCCCAGGGAAAAGAUAAAAAUUGUGCUAAAAGUUGCUAUUUUAUUUCUGUCUGUAGAGCUGCUAUGGAGAUCGAAAGAAGACUCGGAAUCUUGAAGCCUAUGUGGAGUGGUUUAACAGGCUCAGUUACUUGGUUGCAACAGAAAUCUGCAUGCCUGUGAAGAAGAAGUACAGAGCAAGAGUGAUAGAAUAUUUCAUCGAUGUGGCACGGGAAUGUUUUAACAUUGGCAACUUCAAUUCCUUAAUGGCUAUUAUUUCUGGCAUGAACAUGAGUCCUGUGUCUCGAUUAAAGAAAACCUGGGCAAAAGUGAAGACAGCCAAAUUUGAUAUCCUUGAGCAUCAGAUGGACCCUUCCAGCAAUUUUUAUAAUUACCGAACUGCUCUGCGUGGAGCCACUCAGAGGUCCCUGACAGCUCACAGCAACAGGGAGAAGAUCGUGAUACCUUUCUUCAGCCUCCUGAUCAAAGAUAUUUACUUCCUCAAUGAGGGCUGUGCCAAUCGCCUUCCCAAUGGUCACGUCAAUUUUGAGAAAUUUUGGGAAUUGGCAAAACAAGUCAGUGAAUUUAUGACAUGGAAGCAAGUGGAGUGCCCUUUUGAAAGGGAUUGGAAAAUUCUACAGUACUUGCUCUCUGUCCCAGUCUUCAGUGAUGAUGCACUUUACUUGGCUUCCUAUGAAAGUGAAGGUCCUGAGAACCACAUUGAAAAGGACAGAUGGAAGACACUAAGAUCAGCGCUUCUGGGCAGAGUCUAGAGCACGCCAUGUCUGCUGUUGCUGUGUUACGUGGAUUGCCAAAGGCCAUGGCUUGGUUUAUUUUUCUGUGCACUGAGUGGCACUCAGAGUGAUGAAAGAUGUGCAGUCAGUCGCAAUAUUGUGGCAGCAAAGAUGAAAGGAGUUAAUUCAAGAACAAACAGGCAGCUUCUCUCAUCUGACAGAUGAGAUAAAAUCACAGCCCACUCAUCUGGGAUUCAGGCUGAAGUAUUGAUUGAGAAUCCUUUGAAGAUCUCAGAUACUGCCUAUGAAUCAUUUCACACCUGGAUGGAAUAUUCUUUCCUUUCCUUUUGCUGCAGCUUGCUGCUACAAGGACUCACAGGAGGCUACAGAGGGGAAAUGUUCACCAUUCCUUUCAGUGAAACCCAAGUCUGCAUUGGAGGGCUCUCAUUCCUAAUAAGCUGAAUAUAUCCCAGAACUUUGGGAUUGCUAAGAAGGGAAAGGACUGGACACAAAAAUUGGCUGCUGAGGAGAAUUUCUCCCUACCACUGUAAUGGUGGCUGGGUUUUUUCUCUUUUUCCAAUGUGUUUUUGAGUUGGCUGCUGGCAGGCAAACUCAUUAUUAUUUUAAGUUAUUUAAAAAAUAUAAAGUAAUAAAAAUCAAGGCUCUGGUAGAAAACACACCUGCUAUAUAAAGAUAUUAGCUAUGUAGCUCUACAACUUCUAGGGAAGCCUUUUCAUUUCUUCAUUUCUUUACAACUAACCACUACAUGCUACAGACACACUUAAUUCUACUGUGAGGUUUUCUUACUCUUGAUUUUCCAUACUUGACCUUCUUCUUAUAUUUAGGUUGAACAAACUGACUUUUCUAGAAUAGUCAUUGAGAAACUGGCAUAAAAACUGUUGAAAUAUGAGAGUAUGUUUUUAUUAAGUAAUUUUUAUAAAUGCUUUUUUUGAAAGGGUAACAGUGGAAAACACAGUCCACUUUGAAACAGCAAAGAUGCCGAAAAGAAAAAUAGAGGCUUCUUCUCUACUGCAGCUAUGAACAAAACAGUCUUUCUGUGUGUUUGCUUUAGGGAUUAUGUUUAUGACUGUGAAGUAGUUUGCUGUGUUACACACCUAAUAAGUCUUUAAUAGCUCUGAAUACUUAGUCACUAUCCUAGGAGGAACCAGAUUGAAAAAGAAAUACAAAACUAGGCUGUAGCUGUAGAUCACCCUGGAUGCAAAAAUCAAUAAGCAAAGUACAUACUUGGCAAAAAAAAAACCUAUUUGCAAUUAUUCUGCUGCUGUUGUUAAAAAAAAAAAAAAGUAAGAAUAAAUAUAUUUAUUUGUUGCACUGAA